GGGAUAAAGCUACGGCUAAAAGCCUAAAACCUCCUGCCUGAGAGCAAGCCAAGAAAAUGGCAGCACCACCUCUCAGCCUCGCACGCCGCGUCGCCGGCGCCUCCUCCCCUGCCGCCGCGGCGCAUUCCUCCUCCUGUCCCCGUUACUUUCGUCCUCGCCUGCUCCCUUCAAAGCGGUGGAGUGGGGUGGUGAAGAUGGGGGCGGCAGUGGGAGGCGGGCAGGGGGGCGAGGAGGAGGAGACGAGGCAGGCCAAGGAGAUGGCCGCUGCCAGGAGGCGGUGGGAGACGCUGAUCAGGGAGCAGAAGAUCAAGACCCUUACACCAAGGGAAGCUGGCUAUACAUUCAAACUCACGGACAAGGUCCUUCUGGAUGUUAGGCCUUCAAAUGAGCGUCAAAAGGCCUGGGUGAAAGGUUCUACCUGGAUUCCAGUAUUCGAUGUGGAUACAUCGUCUGAUUUGAAUGGCCUCAGCAAGAAAGCAUUCAACUUUAUGAUUGGUGGCUGGUGGAGUGGCAGCUCAACAAUGUCAUUCAAUAAGAACUUUGUACAGCAGACCGAGGAGAAGUUCUCAAAAGAUGCAGAUAUCAUCCUAGUAUGCCAGAAGGGACUGAGAUCAAUUGCUGCCGCAGAGCAACUUUACAAUGCUGGCUUCAAAAUUUUAUUCUGGGUACAAGGAGGAUUGGAAGCUGCUGAAGAGGAGGACUUUGAGCGGGAAGGUUCCCAGCCUUUCAAGCUUGCUGGUAUCGGUGGGGUUUCUGAAUUUUUUGGCUGGACGGAUCAGCAACGUGCACAGGCUGCAAAGGAAGGAUGGGGAUAUCGGCUGCUCUUCACGGGCCGAUUGGUUGGAGCAAUUGUGCUAGCAGAUGCUCUGUUUGUGGGUGCCCAAAGUAUUGGCCCUCUGCUUCAACAAUUACAGCCUCAUUAACUGAUCGAUUCCGAGGAAGAUGCUGUGGUGUUCAAGCUAACUUGAAGGCAUCAUUUCGGGCGUUCAUCUUGAGAGAGACCCAAAACAACUGCACGAGGACACAGUUAGGCCGUUCCUCAUGCCUGCUAUGAUAACACACGGAGACGGAAUGUUCUUUCCUAGAAGUAUCUAGUUAUGAAUCUAGAGCCUCAUUUCUGACUCGAUGAAUUACAGAAGUUCAGGCCGCACAGGAUAAUUAUGAUUUCGUGGAAUUCUCCUGUUGAAAAUUCUGUUCAGAAAAUCUUGAGUCUCAAAAUAUCACAUAAAAAGUAUCACAUGUGUGGAUAUAAA